AUGACGGGGCUGACGGCGAGAACGUGUGGGGAAAGCCUAGCGCGCGGUCUGGGGAGGAAGAAAUUGGAUUUCUGCUUGGUGCGCAAUGCGCCGGCGUCACCGUCCCGGAUUGAAGGGGGCAUAGAUGAUACCGUAAUGGUGCUUCGUGAACUUCAAGAAGUCAGCACGCUGCUUGGGGCGCAAGGUGACCGCGCCAUGCGCUUCCUGCGAAUACGGGCGGCCUUGGACGCCAGGCGAAUGCGCGUAUGGUGGCGGUCGCCCUCUGCCUGUUGCGUUCGUGUCUGUCGGUCGGUCCUGCCCGAGCUGCAAGUUAAAACGGCAAGCAACUGGCGUGGCGCUUACGUCGACAAGCAGCAGCAGCAGGAGAGAGAUCGGAGGAGCGAAGGAAAGUGA